GAAGGCACAGUCCGCUUUAGAAAUGAGGACGCUGUGCAAUUCCGGAGGGAACCUUAUUAAUUUACGAUUUUGCCACUGUCCUCAAUUCCGCUCCUCGAACGCACCAUUUCUUAUUCCUUCAUCACGGAUUACUUGCCUCUCUCGCAGAAACCCCACUGCUGCAAUUUCCUACAAACACAGUCUCUUUUCUCCUUCCGGGUUGUCGCCGAUUCAAGCAUCGAUGGCAUCUUCUACCUCAUCCAUUGGCACAGAGGAGACGAAGCCAUUCUCUGUGCUCUUUGUUUGCCUCGGCAACAUCUGUAGGAGCCCGGCCGCUGAAGGGGUCUUCAGACACUUGGUCAACAAAAGGGCUUUAGAUUCCAAGUUCAAGAUUGAUUCUGCUGGCACGAUUAAUUACCAUGAAGGGAAUGAAGCGGACCCAAGGAUGAGAGCGGCCUCUAAAAGGCGAGGAAUUCAGAUAACCUCCAUUUCUAGGCCAAUUCAACCAUCAGAUUUCCGAGAUUUUGAUCUUAUUCUUGCCAUGGACAAGCAAAACAGAGAGGACAUAUUAGAGGCAUUCAGUAGAUGGAAGUCUAGAGAUGCUUUGCCAGCUGAUGCAUACAAGAAGGUUAAAUUGAUGUGCUCAUAUUGUAAAAAACAUGAUGAAACUGAAGUCCCAGAUCCUUACUAUGGCGGACCACAAGGGUUUGAGAAGGUGUUAGAUUUGCUUGAAGAUGCUUGUGAAUCAUUGUUGGACGAGGUUUUGGCAGAGCAUAAACAUUUGCAAGAAUGAUGGGACUGAGCUGUUCUUUCCUUGAGAAAAGUAGACUGGCGAUUGGCAGCUAUAGGUAUUUGCUUAAGGUCUUGCCUCCAUUGGUCUUCUGUCUAAACUCCGGUUGGCAUGUGCAUAUGUAGCAUCACUUCCUUCAACCAGAAUGCGUUUUCACUUUUCAAAAACAGAUUAAAAAGUCACAAAUAUUCAAAAUUCUCAUUCUUGAACAGCUUUUCUCGAGAUUUGGAGAUGACUGUUGAAGUUGAUUAUUGUGUUGGACCCCCCCUGGGGGUCUCACACCUUCCUA